AUGGCUGAAAAGGGAGAACCACAGUUUCCUGAAAGUCUGGCGUGUCCAAUGUGUCUCGAAGUCUUCAAGGCCCCUACUCUCCUAGCCUGUGGACAUACAUUCUGCAAGGAAUGUCUGGACAAAUACGAUAAAAAGCACCGGGGUCAAGAUUUCAUGGAGUGUCCGCUUUGUAAGAAAAACACCAAGCUGGGUAAAAAUAGAGUCGCAGGACUCUCACCGAAUUUCUCUGUAAAAGGCCUCAAGGAGGAAUUACAUGUACAUCUUAAUAAGGUCAAUGGCAAAUCAUCAGAGUACUGUUCCCUGCACAGUAAAGUCUACAAAGACAUUCUGUGUGAGGUUUGCAAGGAAUUCAUCUGUCUGACUUGUUUGUUUGAUAAACAUGACGGUCACAGUUUUAAGAAGAAGGAAGAGUUUGUAGCAGAGUUGAACACGAAUAGAGACUCUCUCUUUAAACAAAGUGAGGAGAAGAAAACACAGAUCAAAAAGUCUAUUACCAAUGCUAAGCAACAUAUGCGUGUUAUGAAUUCACAUCUGGAUAAUCUAGAUAGGGAAAUACAGAAUUCCUUUCGUGAAAAGUCAGAAAUUCUUCGGGGACACAAAGAAAGACUUUCAAAAGAAAAUGACGACAUCCGCCAAAACUCUAAAAAGGUAAUGGCAGAUUUCAUACAACGCCAGGAACAGUCAUUGCAGAGUAUUGAUGUAAAGAGCACUUUUAUGGGACAAAAGGGCAUCGCAAGUACUAGUAAGUUUUCAGACACUGACGCACUAAAAACACUUUACAUGGGAUACCUAGAUCUGACAAAGGAAUUGGAUAGAGACGUCAACGACCCGUCUAUAGCGCAUGCGCUCCAAAACGUGGAGAAAACCUGGUUUCAACCAUCUGAUGAGAAUGAUCUUGACCUAGGUGAUUUCUGGGAGGCAGCGUAA